AUGAAAAUAUCAGACGCCGGUGAACCUUUCGAAAGAGCCGCAGAAGAAAAUGGCAAGAUAUGGGAAAAGGAAUACAAAGCCCUGGAUAGUUCAUUGGAAAAAGGAGAGUCAAAAGAGUCAAACAAAGAGGGGGAAAUAACAGAAAGACCAACGAGUGAGAAAGUUGAAGAGUACAUCAUGACAAGUCAAUCAGGAAUGACGGUAGCGCCGGUGGUGGAGUGUUUGUACCAGUACCCGGACUUGGAGCAGUUCAAUGCCAUGUUGAGCAACAUGAUGAACGAGCUGACCAAGGUAUUCGUUCGAGUUCACAAGCUGAUGCACGAAGUCGAUGGCCGAAGGCGCCAAGAGACCAGGUUCAGGGUGGUCGCCAAAAAAGCCACCACUUACUUCGAGGGCAUUUACUCUAACAUGACGAGAGAAUACAGCGAAUUCUACAACAACGUAGCAGGACACGUGGCUCGCGCAGGCGAAGACCCCUGCAACAACCAAGCUGAACUCAAAGAAGUAUGGAGGAAGCUUCUAGAACAUUCCCUAAGCAGCCUCCGCGACGCUGCCCAGUCGUGCAUCGAGGAGUUCCUCAGGUCCCAGAAUAAGAGCCACGACCGUAAGGCUAGGGCCAGAUUGGAACAGUUUCUGGCGAGAGAGCUGCAGAGAAUCAAGACUGGACAGCUGGACAUGCUGUGUGAUAGAUUCCAGCUUUGUUUUAAUGAACUUUUGUAA